CGAUUGUUAGUAUUUUGCAUGUGUAGUGUACCUCUUUCUACAUCUCUAUGUGUAUAGUGAAGUGUUUAUGAUGAGCUCUUUGAAAGUAAGGAGAUUAGAAUAAUUUGCAGGCAUGAUAUUCGACCUUUAGUACUUGGUUAAUUGCCUCACAUGUAACGACAAAGGAGUUAUGUAAUAACUCCUACAAAUUAAUACCCAAAGUGAAAAAUGAAUAAGAGGUUUGGAUAGGCUCUUCAAUAAAAGAAAAAAAUGCAAAUGGACAACAAAUAUAUGAAAAGGUGCUUCAUAUCAUUAGCAACCGGAGGUUUGCAGAUGAAAACCUCAGUGUAAUACUACUGCACACACUGAAUGUCUACAGGUAAAACUAAAAAGAGUGACGGUGCCAAGUGUGGGUUGAGAUGUGCUUACACUGCUAGUGGAAACACAUUUUUAAAGCGUAUCAACUAACUUACACACCAGUAAUACACACACACGUCCACUGUUACGUUUAUGAACAUAAACACUAUUUGUAACAUUAUUUGAAAUAUCCCUAAAUUGGAAAUAACCCAGAGUGAAUCAAGGGACGAGUGGAUGAACUGUGGCAUAUAUUUUUUGUGGCAUACUGUUUAGCAAAACGAAGGAGCCCAGAUGCAACAACUUGGAUGAACGUCGCAAACAUAAUGCCGAAUGAAAGAAGCCAGACAUAAAAGAAUGCGUGCUGUUUGAUACUCUUUCUUUAAAACUCAAAAACAGGCAGAAUAUAGAGUGUUAAAUAUCAGGAUAGUGGUUGCAGUUGGGAAGCAUGGAGUGAGUGAUUUGGAAAAGAGACAGGGAAUAUGUCUGAGGUGCUUGAUUUGAAUAUAUUCUAUUUCUCAGCCUGAAUGAUGGUUAUAUGGAGCUGUUCGUUUCUUAAUACCUCACUGAAAUGUUUAUUCGUGAUUGCCUCCCUUAGUUGUGUGUUUGCUGUAAUUUAAUAAAAGAAGUUCGAGAAACGGAGCUAAGCAUGCUACUUCAUCAUAAGGUUGAGCAAGAAAUGCAGAAGUAAAAGAAAAUACACUGAAAGGAUGACUAAAAAUAAAACGAAUGAUGGAAAAAAGUAGAACUAAUCAGUAAUUUAAAAAGGUGAAAAGAUACACGGUAUAUUUGUAGACUAGUCUUUGUGGUGAACUGUGAGAGAAUAUGGAAAGCCUUCAGUUUCAACAUUAAAAUAAAAACGACAUGAUUUAGAUGCUGUUGCAGUAGCUAACAUGAGAAAUGUAUUUUGAGUUUUUCUAAAAUUAGGUAUUUCAAGUGUGGAUGUCUUUGGGUCAAAAUUUGAACACUACUUUUUAAGUAAGUGAGGUAUCAGUUACCACAGCCCUCUGAAGUGAUUCUUUCCCCAUUCUGUCUUUAUCUUGCCUUUAGCCUUGUGUCUGCAUCAGGAACGUAUUUGUGUAUGUGCAGUACUCCUUAUACUUUAAUGGGAUUGAUUCUUCAUACCGCUCAUCACCAACUGAUAAUCAGUUAUCUGUUUAUUACCUGCAUUGCCCGAUUGAACCGUGAGAUACCUAAGAGCUGUUCCCUCCUCAUUGCUGAAUACCUGGCCUGGCAGAAGGAAGGCCCUUACUAAGUAUUUGCUGACUGAAUGAAGGAAUAAGAGACAGCAGGAGGCAAAGGUUCCAAUCCAAGCAAGCUCCAGCAAGGGGGACUCAGGGCGACUUCUCCUUUCAUAAAACCUUUUGUAUUUCUCAUCUCCAUUAUGCCUAGCAGAGGAUGUGGACUGAAUUCUGGUCAUGUCAGGAAUAACAGCCACCACAGGAGAUAAGGCUCUUGCCAUCCCAGUAUGUGUCUGCCUGGCUUACCUUUCCAAACGGAGAGAGACAGCCAGCGAGAGAGGGAACACAAGCAGGGGGAGUGGGAGAGGAAGAAGCAGGCUCCCAGCAGAGGAGCCUGAUGUGGGGCUCGAUCCCAUAACACCGGGAUCACGCCCUGAGCUGAAGGCAGACGCUUAACGACUGAGCCACCCAGCUGCCCCUGAGGUCAAGCUCUUAAUUUAAACUCAAAAGCUUCUCUGAAGUGGUCUUCUUAGCAAGAAAUGGGGAAUAUUCUGGAAACUCUCACUAUCCUAUUCACAGGAUGGCAGCCGUUGAUGUGAAUCAGGUGUGUGGUCAUCUUUCUUGGGACCCUUUCUGUCUUCAUGAGCGGAAAAUUGAGGAGGCAAGGAUGGUGGCUGGGUUACUGAUGGAUCCUUCUCAGCACUUAGUGACCUUCGAGGAUGUGGCUGUGAACUUUACCCAGGAGGAGUGGACUUUGUUGGAUCAAACACAGAGAGAUCUCUACAGAGAUGUGAUGUUGGAGAACUACCAGAAUCUCAUUAUACUAGCAGGAUACGAAUCAUGCGGACCUGAUCUCAACUCUCCAGUGGGAGGAGCAGAAGAGCUGAGGACAGGAGGGAGAGGAAUUCUGCAGGAAUUGGAUUUGCAGCUCAAAACCAAAGGUUCCACACCCCUUCAGGAUAUUUCUUUGGAAAAAACAUCAAAUGGAAUACAGUUGGAAAUCCCUGUUCAGGAGAAAACUUCUGAGAGUGUUCAGCAUGAUAAAGCCUUUGGUCAGCUUUCAAAUCUUACUGGGCACAAGCAAACUCAGACACGAGGGAAAGUGUGUGAAUGCAAAGACUGUCAGAGAACUUUUGUUAAUCAGUCAUCCCUUAAGGUACACAUGAGACCCCCCACUGGAGAAAAACCGUAUGAAUGUAAAGAAUGUGGGAAAGCCUUCGCUCAUUCCUCAUACCUUACCGAUCAUAGAAGAAUUCACAGUGGACAAAAGCCCUAUAUAUGCGUGGAAUGUGGGAAAGCCUUUACUCGAUCCACAGGACUUAUUUUACACAUGCGAAUUCACACUGGAGAAAAACCAUAUGAAUGUAAGGAUUGUGGAAAAGCUUUUAUUCACUCUUCAUACCUUACAAAACACGUGCGAAUUCACAGUGGAGAAAAGCCGUAUUUAUGUAAGGAGUGUGGGAAAACUUUCACUCGUUCCUCGGGACUUGUCUUACAUGUGCGAACACACACUGGAGAGAAACCCUAUGUAUGUAAGGAAUGUGGGAAAGCCUUUAAUAAUUCUUCAAUGCUCAAUCAGCAUGUAAGGACACACACUGGAGAGAAGCCAUACGAAUGCAAGCAAUGUGGGAAAGCUUUCACUCAGUCUUCAGGUCUUACCACACAUUUAAGAACUCACACUGGGGAGAAGGCCUAUGCGUGUAAAGAAUGUGGGAAAGCUUUUGCUCGUUCUACAAAUCUUAAUAUGCACAUGCGAACACAUACUGGAGAAAAGCCGUACAAAUGUAAAGAAUGUGGGAAAGCCUUUAGAUACUCCACAUGCCUUAAUAUUCACAUGCGAACUCACACUGGAGAGAAACCAUAUGAAUGUAAGGAAUGUGGGAAAACCUUCACUCAAUCUUCAGCACUUGCUAAACAUUUAAGAACUAAGGCAUGUGAAAAAACCUGUAAAUGUUCUUCAGGCCUUAGUAUUCACAUCUAAAGUCAUCUGGAUAAAGUACCUUAUGAAAGUAAAUAAUGUGUGGGAAAGCUUUACUCAUUUUUCGUCCUUACGUGAUAGGAACUUCCUUGGGCAGAAUUCCCAUUCAUGUAACGUCUGUGGGAGAGCAGUAAUUGUUCAUACUUUACGGAAUGUGUAAGAACUCACAUUUGAGAGAACCUUCCAGUUUUAAGGUAUGUGGAAGAGCCUUUUUGUUGCUCUAACAUGAAUUUUACAUAUCUAAUAUUCCUGUAAAAAUCAGGGGUGCCUUGCUGGCUCAGUUGGUAGAGCAGGCAACUCUUGAUCUCAGGGUUGUGAGUCUGAGCCCCACGUUGGGCAUAGAGAUUACUUACAAAUAAGUAAGAAAUUGCUGUAAAAGUGAUGUGAAGGUCAGAGUGAGAUACAGCCUUAAAACAUGACCACAUGCUUUGAUAGAACAUGAAAACUCACACUAGGGGUAAAUCGUCUGUAUGUAAGGAAUGUGGUAAAAUCUUAAUGCCCAGGCCUUAAUAUCCAUGUGAGACUUCGUACUGGUAUAAAACCCUACAAAUGUAAAGGACCCAGGAAGACCUACAGUUUUUUUUUGUUUGUUUGUUUGUAUCUUUUAAGAACUCAACAUUUUAAAAAAAUAGUGGAGAGAUUUCUAGACUUGUAAGAAACAUGGGAAAGCUUCAGGAAAGCUUUUAGAAAUUCUUGAUUGCUUCAUAUGCAAGGAGACUCAGGAAUAUAAGAAAUGUUGAAAAUUUUUAGGUGUUAAUGAGUAAGUCACAACACACAGUGAAGAGAAACCCUAUGAUGGUAAAGUAUGUGGGAAAACUUGGCCCUGUGUGUUAACAUUCUUUGGUAAUCUCACAAAGGGAGAAAAUGCUAUGAAUGUUAGAAAUCAUGAGAAUGACUUUGCGCGUGGGCGCGUGUUUAUUUUUUGGCUUUUGACCUUUAGUAAAAAUAAUCCACACUGGAGAGACAGUGGUUGUAGGGACAUGGGAAAUGGUGUAUCCAUCGUACCUGUCUUACUCGACAGCUUCAUCUGCUCCACGCUGGAAAGAAGCUGAAUGAAUAUAAAAAUGUGGGAAUGAUUUUUGGUAAAUACACAUCCCUUAAGGGGCUCAUAAAAUACUCGCUGGAGGAAUGAAGUGUGAAUGAGAGGAACUGGGGGAAGCUUUCAGGUACUGCUCUUCACUGACGGUAUACAAGAGAACUCUUGCUGGAGGUCGUAGGAAAUAAAUGACAUAAAUGCA